GAACGCCAAUCUGAAUGGUGGGGGUAGUGGACGCCGUAGUACGGGUCCACCGGCCUUUUUCGGGACUUUCCCGGGUUCCUCGUAGCGACUACGGUUAAACGUUUUCUAGUAGCGUCCCACAUUUUUCGUUCUGAUCCGCGGACUGUACGCGAUUUCGGCACGUCUUGCUGCCUUUACCCCGUCACGCCCCUGGUUCAUCAACCAUGGCAGACUUAGAUGACCAAUUAUUAGAAGGUGGUAUUGAUUUAUCAUCUGAAGAACAUAACACACAAAUUAGUAUAGAAAAUAGCAUGUCUUUUGAUUUGAUUGAAAAUGGUCAAUCGAAUAAUGUCGACUCUCAAGCAUCAGCAGAUUCUGACUUGGAAGUAAUCAGAGCUCGUGUACGCGAAAUGGAAGAAGAAGCUGAAAAGUUAAAAAAAUUGCAAUCACAAGUAGAUCAAGAAAUGUCAAACACACCAGUACUGUCUUCUCCAAAUUGCUCGAAAACAAGUGCAACAUAUAAUUUGUCAGAGCAGGAAAAAGCUGAAGCUGAUGCUAGAUCUGUUUAUGUUGGUAAUGUAGACUAUGCAGCAACAGCAGAAGAAUUGGAAACUCAUUUUCAUGGGUGUGGUUCAAUAAAUCGGGUAACCAUAUUGUGUAAUAAAUUUGAUGGUCAUCCAAAAGGGUUUGCAUAUAUUGAAUUUGCUGACAUGGAUUCAGUUAAUACAGCCAUGGCUAUGGAUGAUUCUUUAUUCAGGGGCCGUCAAAUUAAAGUCAAUCCUAAAAGAACGAAUAAACCUGGGAUAAGCACUACAAAUCGUCCAGUAGCAUCUAGGGGUAGAGCUAUGUUCCGAGGUCGUCCAAUGUCUCGUGGUGGUGCACAAUCAUCAUUUUAUGGUGGUUACAGACCAUCUCGUAGACCAAGAGGUGGUUAUUCCAGAAGAGCAAUGUAUUAUCCUUACUGACGUUCACAAUAAAUCCAUCGCUACAGUUAUCGGUGGGAACUAUCAAUAUUUUACAAUUAAGAAAUUCUAACAAAUAAAGGCUUUUUAGAAUAAAAAUAAUUCUUUUGUACAUACAUUCAAAUAUUAAUUUAAUAGCCUUAAUGAGCUAUUGGGAAUGUAUUAACUUGAGUUUUUAUUUUUGAUUGAAAAUUGGAUUUUAUAUUAAUAAUUAUAGCCUGUAAUAAUUAAUUGGAAAUAAAAAAAAAUAUUGUGUACUCAUAUGACUGUGCAAUGAAUUAUCAAAUUAUUCUAUCUAGUUACAUUGUCUGUUUCAAAUUAAUAUUUAAUGUACUAUUUUAGAAUAAUAUAUCUAUUAUGUUAGAUCUUAAGGUUUGAAAAUUUCGUAUGUGCCUAGCUAUAAGUUUUAUUAUACCUAGAUAUUUUUAAAUUAUUUUAACUCACUAUUUUUCUAAAUUUGAAACAAGUUGUGUUUUUUAUGUAAAUAUUGUACUACAUAUUUUUAUGUAGGUUUAUUUUAACUUAAAAAUGUCAAAUAUGUAUAAAAGAUUGUGUGAAUCUGAUAAAUACAAUGUUUUUUAAAAAAUAAGAAAUAAUAACCAAAGAAAAUAUUCGUGCAAUAAAAAUGAAAAUAUACUCAAAAAAAGUUGAACGAUAAAAAUAUGACAACAAAGACAAUUAAAACGCAAAAAAAAGACAAAAGAUUCAAAAUAAAUAAAACACAUAACCAAAUUUAAAA